CAGGCUACAUGGGGACAAAAGUGGAGAAGAAAGUGGUGCGGCGGAGCAGCCCUUUAUCAAGUGAAGGUGACAACCUGAGUCAGGAUGAGGAUGUGUACGAUGCUGACUGCUUUGCCAACCCAGAUCCUGGUGUGCUUAAGGAAAGGAAUGACUUGUCAUUCUCGGAGCCAGUCUCAGAGGUCUUCACCAGCAGUUCCAAGUGGCAGAUCCUGACUUUGCAAUCCCGUGCCCGCCAGCUCUGGCUGUACCUCCGCAUGAAUCUCCAUGGUGUGGUGGAAAAGGCAAAGAGAGCUGAGCUACACGUGACACUCCUGAAGCAUGGGCUAGAGCCACUGCGCUGCCUGCAGGUGACAGCCAGAGUGAGCUCCCUAGCACAGGACCCAGCAGACAAGCGCUUUGUGGUGCUGGAUGGCAUAGGCUACCUGCACCUGCAUAAGGAGGACGGCUGGGCACGCAGGACGCUGAAGGCCCCCCUGGCACUUAAAGGACUGGCGUCAGUACUGGGCCCAUUGGGGAAUGUGAGCCGCUUUGUGGGCUGGGGCCCCAUGGGAUUGGUCCUACUAAGGUCCAACUUCCACCUGCUGUGGCUAAGUAACCCAGGCACAGGCUGGGCAUCAGGCCGAGAACCCACCUGCUGCCUGCCAGUGCCUGAACUGGGGCUGCUGCUAGUGGCAGAAGCAGGAGGAGCUCUGGCACUCUGGAGGUUCCGCUCGGGGGGUCAUCGCCUGGUGCCAUGUGGAUCACCUCUGCAGCCACCACCAAGCCUUGGGGGAGCACUCGAGCGUCUGGCUCUGGGGGCCCUGGCUCCCCACCACACUCCUUGCUGUUAUGCUGCCUAUGGUUCAUCAGUGCUCACCUUUGAUCUGCAUGCCUGGUCUCUCACAGAUGUACAGCACGACCUACAUAAAAUCACCAUUUCCGACCUGGCAUACUGUGAAGACUUGAGGGUCGUGGUGACAGCAUCCUGGGACAGCACGGUUAAAGUGUGGGACUCUGACUGGCAGAUCCGGAUGGUGUUCCUGGGCCACACAGGCCCAGUGACAGCCCUCACUGUGCUUCCCAACACUCUCUUGGUGCUGUCGGCUGCCCUGGAUGGGACAUUGCGUACGUGGGACCUACAGACCUCAGCGCAGGUGGGCGAGGUGGAGCUCUGCGCCUGGGACCCCUAUGAUAAAAGCACACCAGUGAAGCUCCUGCUGCCACCCGCCCGCCCCGGCUGCCCCGUGAUCUCUGUGAGAACCAACUGCGUGCAGCUGUGGCACCUGCACAAGCUGUACUCAACGCUGGCGCAGCUAUCAGCGCCAGUGCUCCACCUGCAGGUGGCGCCCUCGCUGCCCGCGCCCACUAGCCCCUCCCUGCCAGUGAGGCUGGUGUGCGCUUGCGCAGACGGCUCAGUCUACCUGGUGUCGCGAUCCACUGGGCAGACUGUUAGUGCGCUGCUGUUGGAACCCGAGGACCGUGCAGCCGCAGUGGCCUACUGCCUGCCACUUGAGGUCUUGUGGGUGCUGACACACACCGGGGACCUAGUGUGCGCCACUGCGGCGUGCUGCCCCAUGCGUGUGCUGCACCGGGAGUGCCCCCCACCUACCCCUGGACCCAGGCCCUGCUGCCUGCACCUCUACAGCCACCUCACAGAUCCCAACAGAGCCUUUAAGUCCUGGAAGGCCGCGAACCAGCGCAGGGGCACCCCAGCUACGAGCCGCGAUUUGGCCAGGGCAAAGAAGGACAAAAACAGGUACCUGCCCAUAGUGGGGCACACAGAUGGCUCGCUGUCGGUGUUUGAAUGGCACACCUGGAAGACUGUGUUCCGUCUGAAGGCACACAGCCCAGGCCCUGUCACUGCCAUUGCGUCCACCUGGAGUACCAUCGUGACUUCUGGAGAGGACUUGACUGUGAAGGUGUGGCGAGUCUUCCCCUAUGCUGAGGAGAGCCUGAGCUUGCUACACACCUUUGCCUCCUGCCACCUGGCUGUGGCACUCUGCGCCAUAGGGAAGUGCAUCACCGUGGGCUUUGAGGACCCAGACACUGCCACCUAUGGCCUGGUGCAGUUCUGUCUGGGCCAGAGCUCACGCUAUGAUCACCGGCCUCAGGAUGACCCCAUGGACCACAUCACAGGACUCUGCUGCUGUCCACUGCUCAAGCUAUAUGCCUGCUCCAGCCUGGACUGUACCAUUCGCAUCUGGACAGCAGAGAACCGGCUUCUGCGGCUCCUGCAGCUUGAUGGUGCCCCACAAGCCCUGGCUUUCUGCAGCGAUAGUGGAGACCUGGUGUUGGCGCUUGGCUCCCGCCUCUGCCUGGUGUCCCACCAAGUCUACCUGCCCACAUCCUACCUGGUGAUGAUCCUAUGCCAGAAGGCCCCCAGUGUGGUGAAUGACCCUCCACUGCCUCUGAUGAGCCAGGAAUUGCUGACCUCCACCCAGAUGCAGAGGCUUGCUGUCCUGCGUGGGGUGGCCAGCCUCAGCACGGCCAAGCCCUCCAUCCAGCACCCAGCAGGGACAGUACAGAAGGCAGUGACAAAGAAGGACCUAACAGCCCUUGCUGCCCGGGACCAGGACCUUCAGCAGCUGAAACUUGGUUUGGUGGGCCCAGCUACCAAGCAGCCCCUAUCUGCAAAACAACGCCAGGACGCCUUUGAGAACUAUAUCCGUCUCAUCUACGGCACCUGCUUUGCGGAUAUGCAAUCCGGAGGCACCCCCCAGAUGUGGAGCUCUGUUAGCCUGGCAGUGGACAGAGAGCCCCCCAGUCUCAAGCAUACAGAUGUCUGUGUGGACCACCAGACCAUCAUGCCCACCCUAAGCCAGCGCUUGGCACGAAUUCCCCCCCAUUUGGGGGUGCAUAGCAGGGCAUCCCAGCUGCUAGCCUUCUCUUCCCUGAGUGAAGACCUGGGCCUCAGUCUGGACCUGCAAGUGCUGUCAGAGUACCUCCAGGGCCCGAAGCCUGAAGCCAUAGAGCCCCCUGAGCCCCAGCUGCCACCCCCAAUCCCUCUGCUGCUGGAGAAGCGGCCCAGAGAGCUUCCCUCCAACCUUGGAGGCUUCUUUCCAGCCACCAUUGAUGCCAGUAAGCACUUCCUGCUGCCCAUCCAGUUCCCAGGCUAUGUGCCCAACUCCGUGGUGCUGCAAAAGUUGUGGCAUCAGCAGGAGAUCAGUGGGCUAGGAGACCUGGCUCUGCUCCAUGACCACCACCAUCAAGAGAUAGGACAGGACGAUGAGUGGCUGGUGAGACAUAGCAUGUAUUAUGGGCGGCUACAGAAACCAAUCCAGUGGAAAGAAGAGUCUGAGGAAGACAUGGAAGAGCCAGAAAAGGCAAUGUCGGUGUCCAUGUCAGUGGGGUCUAUUACAGUGCAAGAGGAGAAACUGGAUCUUUCCUGGUCCCAAGCAGAGAGCAUAAUCAGUCAGAUGGAAUCGGAAGAGAUUCGUACUCCUGACUCCCAGUACCACUGGAGCUCCCAUCACUUCUGGAAGCCUCAAAGCAUCCAUGAAGACAUCCAGAUCCACUUGAGCCCCCGGCACCAGCGAGGGCGCUCCCCCUGGAUAGAGCGCUACAAGUUCUUGCCCAAGUUUCUGCAAUAUUUCGUCAUCCGGAACUGGUUCAAAAAGCUCUUCCCAAUCUUCACACUGGAGGCCUAUCCUGAGAUGGGCACAGUGGAAGGCUUGGCCUCACAAUUCAUUAACCUACUGGAGGGGGCCUCCUGGGGAGACCGCAUUCACCUCCUGCAGGCACUGCUUCGACUGAUACCGGACAUGAGCAGAGGCCUGUGUGCCAGGCUGCAGGACAUCCUGUUGCGUCUGCUCAACACGGAGCCACCCCCCAGCUUCCAGGACCCAGUGCAGAAGAAGUUUGUGAUCCUGGCACUGCAGCUGCUCCUGGCCUGCUCCCUGGACUCCAGAGAUGUGGUGCUGGAGCUCAUGUCCUACUUCCUCUACUCACCACCAUCAUGCCAGGCCGAGAUCAGGAAGCUGAUGGAAGGGCUAGGCCUUCAUGACCCACAGGGCUACCUGUUUAAGGAGAUGAUGAGCUGGGUCCAGGGUCACGACUUGGUCUCCAAGGCCGCCCUGCGCAGGUGCUGCAGUCAGAAGCUGGAGGACAUGAUGCAGUAUUUGCAGUCACCUCCCGUGCAGAUGGGAAUGUUCAGGCCGACCCUAAUCAGGCUGUCAGAGCUGCUGUCCUCUGUCUGGACGGUGCCCUCAACACCCAAGGAAGCCUUGUCACAGACCUCAGUGAUGUCCGGAGCACCCUUCCUGCUCUCCCGGACCUCCUCCACUGUCUCCAGGACGCCCUCGAUGGUGCUGUCACAGGGGGAGGCAGACUCUGCUGGCCUGGAGCAUCAGCAGUCACUGAUGCAUCUGCGCCAAUGGCAGACCCACCACACACUGUCAGAGCUGCUGCUACCUUUUACCUCCCUGACCGACACCCAGCUGCUCUCCCCCACAUCCUCAGAUCUUCUUGGGGAGCCUCUGCCACUGGAGCUGACCGAGUGGGCCCGCACACACUUUCUGGAUCUGGGGACCACUGACUUGCUCAAUGCCUUUUGCGAGCAGCUAAGACUGAGGCAGUGGGAGGGGUUGGAGAGCCCCUGCCUGAGCCCUGGGCUGAGUCCCAGCAUGAGCCCUGGCAUGAGCCCACACCCUUGGCCCAGCCUCCAGCAGCAGGAGGAACCCGAGGUGGUACUACCUCAGUCCACUGGACAUCUGGAUGAUCAGCGCCUGUCCAUGCUUGGGCUUCGGGGGCACAGGAUGCUGCACUAUCCAAUGAGAAUGAGGGGUAGCCUGAAGGGCCCCAUCAAGAUGCUAAAGCUGCCUCUGCCCCGGGUGGAGCUCCAGCCUUUCCCACCCGGCUGGCCCCGGCCUGCCCGGCCCCUGCCCCCCCUACUCCUGCAGCCCGCCCUGCAGCGCUACUUUCUGCCGGACUACUCGUACCCUGGCGACAACCCCUGACCUGAUUGGGGUCCCAACACCCCACUCCACCCCAGCCUCCCCUGCCUCCCGCAUGGAGUCAGGAUUCAGCCCUCUGUACCACCCACUUCCACCCCCAUGUCCAGGGCUAGAAUAAAGUCCAGAGGCUGCAGCUGAAAACUGAA